CAAGGUUUGAUGUAGACCUUGAUCAUGAUGACUUAUAUAUAUAUAUUAUAUACUCAAGCAAGGAAUACGAGCGUGUGCAUUAUAGAGACCUGCACACAAAUAUGUCUAAUAAUUAUGAAUGAUAUGAAUAGUAAUAUCAGAAUUUGUGGAUGGAAUGCGAAUGGCUUAUUUUCAUCAAAACCGUUCCUUAAAGCAAUUGACUGAUGUAAAUGAUGUAAUAUGUAUUAGCGAACAUUGGUUAAACAGUUCAAUGCAAAGUCAUUUAGAGGUAAAUAAUGAAUUCAUAUGUGACAUGAGUUGUAGUAAGUCCCUUGAUCCCUUUGAUCAAGGGUACACUCUAGGGAAUGGGGGUAUUGCUAUCAUGUGGAGAAAAUCCAUGUGCAGUUUUGUGCAAAAGAUGCCUAAUUUCAAAAUGGAGCGUAUAAUGGGAAUUAAAAUACGUUUGUCUGAUACAACUCUAUAUGUCCUAUGUGUUUAUCUACCUUACCAGGGAUGUGUAAAAGCUAGUUUUAGAGAAUGGUUAGAUAUUCUAGAGGAAAUUGUAAUUCAGUUACAAAGUGACGGCGAAGUUCUAAUAAUUGGCGAUGUUAAUUCAGAUUUAGGUAAUAUUCAUAAUGUAAGAGGCGCGUAUCCGCCAUCUUGUAAUGGUAUAGCCUUUAAUAACAUGUGCAUUAGACAAGGUCUUAAGGUAGCAGAUCUUACUCCAAUAUGUACUGGUCCUACGUAUUCUUUUCACCGCCAAUAUACUGGGUAUUCAUAUAUAGACCACUGUAUAGUAUCUGCGAGUCUAUUCAGUAAAUGCACGAAAGUAGCAAUUAUGGAGGAAUCUCUAAUCAACACGUCAGACCAUCUACCGAUAUGUGUUCAUUUAUCCCUUGUUCAUGAGAGUGUACACCUAAAAGGUGAAAAAGAAAAGAUCACAAGUAAGUUAUCCUGGAAUAAAGCAACGGAGGAGAAUAAAUCUGCAUAUAGAACUCUUUUGGAUCCCAAACUAGAAGAGUUAUAUAAUGAAAUCAACAGUGUUAAAGACGGACUGUCAAAGCUAGAUUUAGACAUUUUCUUUGAGAAAUUAACUCAGAUUCUGAAGAGAGCUGCUUUUUCAACUAUUCCUCGAACAUGUUUCAAAGGGUAUUUAAAGCCAUACUGGUCAACACUCUUAAAAGACCUAGUUAAGAAAAAUAAAUCAAGUUGGAAAGAUUGGAAAGAUGCAGGAAAACCAAGGAAUAAUGAAAAUGAGAUAUGCCGGAAAUAUAGACAAGCGAAAAAAGAAUUCCAGAGAGAGUUUCGGCGUGCAGAAUACGAGUACCAAAUACAAAUGCAAGAAGAGAU